GGCGGUUUGAGGAUUAGGGUAAAUGAUGUAGAAAGAUUUGAAGGAGCUUUAUCAAGAUACGGUGAAAGAUCUACUAUAGCUCGAUCCGAAAAUAGAGCUAUUUGGAGGAGAGGAAAGGAUACAUUUACUGAUCCCGCAAUAGCUAGAGCGAGCGACUUUGGCUGUGUGGCGGGGCCGUAG